UGCGGCAACGUCCACUUCGCCAGCUGCAUCCCAGCGAUUUUUCCCCAAGCACGAGUCCACAGGCCAGUGCAAAUAAAGCUUAAGACUUACGUUUAAGAUGGUCAACAUCGGCCACAUUUUCGUGUGGGCCUUGCUCUUGGUCACCACAUCGGCCACUGAUCUGAGCGAUGAUGAGGCGCUCAAUGAUGUUUUAAGCGAACUUGAGUUUGACGACUCUUCGCCCAGAUUAACUCGCGACACAUCUCUGUCGGCCAAGCACAUCGAGAAGAUCGAUGUGAAAUGCGAUCAAGGUGGUGGUAUGAUGGUCGAGGUGGAGUUCUCCGAGGACUUCGAGGGAGUCAUCUACAGUCAGGGAUAUUACAACGACCCCAAGUGCAACUACGUGAAGGGCGACCGAGCGAGUCGCAGUUUCAAAUUCACAGUGCCAUACGAUGGAUGCGGCAGCAAACCCUCGUGCUCCGUGUGCGCCUCAAUCGAGAACAUCCUGAUUAUCCAGGAUGACAGGGAUAUUCAAAACAGCUUCGAUAUUGCACGGAAAAUCUCGUGCAGUCGAGGCGAUGAACGUGAGAAGACUGUUUACUUCAAGCCAUUUGUGGUGGACAUGCUCGAGGUUAUUUCCGUGGAUACACCCAGCGGUCCUGUGGAGUGCUGGAUGGAGAUCGGCACAGGAACGCCGCCCAAUAUCAGACCCAUCCAGGGCACUCUUACCCUGGGAACCGACAUAACGUUCACCAUUAACGUAAAGCACGCAGAACAGGCGUGGGACUUGAACAUACUCCAAUGCUAUGCCUCAGAUGACAUGGACUUUGAGGCCAGAACCACGAAGAGAUUGCAGCUCUCGGACAAAAAGGGCUGCUCGAUAAAGGAGAAAAUAUUCGGGGAGUGGCGAAAGUUCGAGGCGCCCUCCAGUCUAACAUCCACCUACUACAACACACUCAAGGCCUUCAGAUUCCCCGACCGAUCUCAGGUGUAUUUGAAGUGUGACAUUGAACUCUGCAAUGGAGCGUGCAAGAGGGACUAUUCCUGCGGUAGUUCCAGGUCAGGCUUAUGUCCCGAGGGCUCAACUGAUCCCCAGUGUCUGCAGGAUCAUCUAAUCUCACCAAAGCCACGUCCAGUGCCUACUUCCCUGCCACCCACAACAAUAAGGAUACCAAUUGCCUCAACCUUUUCACCACGGCCACGUUGCUACCCUGGAUCAAGUGAUCCGGAGUGUCAACCAGCUACUUACCUUCCACCAACAACUAGAAGGACUCCGAUCAAGCCACGUUGUUAUCCGGGAUCAACUGAUCCCGAUUGUCAACCAGCAACUAGAGCACCUGUUACCACGGUGAAGCCAAGAUGUUAUCCAGGAUCCGACGAUCCCGAAUGUCGGCCGGCCACUUACCUUCCUCCAACCACAAGGAGAACUCCAAUUCCAACCACCAGGGCGCCAGUAACCACAUCAAGACCCCCAACGACUCCGAGACCCAGAUGUUAUCCUGGAUCACCAGAUCCUGCCUGUCAGCCUGCAACUGCGCCGACUACUUCAAGGCCAAGGUGUUAUCCGGGGUCCUCUGAUCCAGAAUGUAGGCCAGCAACGCGUGUUACUCAAAAGCCAACUACUCAGCAGCCAAAGUGCUAUCCCGGCUCAUCGGAUCCAGAGUGCCUGAAUUGCUAUCCUGGUUCGCCAGAUCCAAGGUGUCCCAAGAUUCCUACUACCAGGAAGGCAGGAUGCUUUGAUGGCUCGGAUGAUCCGAGAUGUCAACCGGCCACCUAUUUACCUCCUUCAUCUCGUCGUCCCCCGACAAUUACACCGAAACCGAGGUGCUAUCCAGGAUCAACAGACCCCAGUUGUCCGCAACCGACCACAAUAAGGACACCAGUAACAACGACUAGGCCUAGGUGCUAUUCAGGAUCUAAUGAUCCCGAAUGUCAGCCAGCAACUUACUCGCCACCGACUACCAGGAGGCCUGUUACUACAUCUAAACCAAGGUGUUAUCCAGGCUCCAGGGACCCUGAAUGUCAGCCUGCCACAAGGCCACCAAUUACCACCUCCAAGCCACGAUGCUACCCAGGAUCUUCAGAUCCUGAGUGUCAACCAGCCACUUACUUGCCACCAACAUCUGUUAGAACCACAAUUCCCACGACCAGAAGGCCUGUGACUACGUCUAAGCCAAAUUGUUAUCCGGGCUCAACAGAUAGACGGUGCCCACAGGAACCAGUGACGACACCAAGGCCUAGAUGCUAUCCUGGCUCAUCAAAUCCUGAAUGUCAGCCAGCUACUUACCUGCCACCAACUACGGGAAGAACAACGCUUCCGACUUCCCGGCCAAGAUGCUAUCCAGGUUCGGAUGAUCCUGAUUGCCAACCAACAACGAUCUCUCCUCCGACCACUCGAAGGCCUAUAACUACUACUAAGCCAUACUGCUAUCCGGGCUCCACUGACAGUCGCUGCCCACAGAAACCGCCAACGACUCCAAAGCCAAGAUGUUACCCGGGAUCUCCAGAUCCCCUUUGUCAACCAGCUACUUAUCUCCCUCCUUCAACGGCAAGGACAACGAUUCCCACGACUAAGCCAAGGUGUUAUCCUGGUUCAAGUGACCCUUCUUGCCAGCCACCAGCAACGAGAACGCCAGUCACUACAUCAAGACCGAAUUGUUAUCCUGGCUCCACCGACAGUCGUUGUCCACAAAAGCCACGCACUACUCCGCAGCCAAAGUGCUAUCCCGGCUCAUCGGAUCCGGAGUGUCUCAAUUGCUAUCCCGGUUCUCCAGAUCCAAGAUGUCCCAAGAUUCCAACCACCAAGAAAGCGGGAUGCUUUGAUGGUUCGGAUGAUCCAAGAUGUCAGCCAGCCACUUACCUACCGCCAUCUACUAAUCGCACUCCCACAAUUGCACCCAAACCAAGGUGCUACCCGGGCUCAACGGAUCCACGAUGCCCACAAGUAACUCAGCCAACAACAAGGGCACCAAUUACCACCUCCAAGCCACGAUGCUAUCCAGGGUCUAACGAUCCUUCAUGUCAGCCGGCUACCUACUCGCCUCCUACUACAAGAGUACCUGUAACCACAUCUAAACCAAGAUGCUAUCCAGGCUCAAGGGACCCUGAAUGUCAGCCUGCCACAAGGCCACCAAUUACCACCGCCAAGCCACGAUGCUACCCGGGAUCUUCUGAUCCUGAGUGUCAGCCAGCCACUUACUUGCCACCAACAUCUGUUAGGACAACAAUUCCCACCACCAGAAGGCCUUUGACUACGUCCAAACCUAAUUGUUAUCCGGGCUCAACAGAUAGACGCUGUCCACAGGAACCAGUAACGACUCCGAAGCCUAGAUGUUACCCUGGCUCACCAAAUCCUGAAUAAUGUCAGCCAGCUACUUACUCCCCUCCCACAACCAGAACACCUAUUACGACAUCAAAGCCAAAUUGUUAUCCUGGCUCCACCGAUAGUCGUUGUCCACAAAAGCCACCUACUACUCAGCAGCCAAGGUGUUAUCCCGGCUCAUCGGAUCCAGAGUGCCUGAACUGCUUCCCUGGCUCGCCAGAUCCAAGAUGUCCCAAGAUUCCAACCACUAAGAAGGCAGGAUGUUUCGAUGGUUCAGAUGAUCCGAGAUGUCAGCCUGCCACCUACUUACCUCCUUCAUCUCGUCGACCACCCACAAUCGCUCCUAAGCCCAGAUGUUACCCAGGAUCAACAGAUCCGAGUUGUUCGCAACCAACCACAACAAGGACACCUGUAACUACAUCGAAGCCUAGGUGCUAUCCGGGAUCUCGUGACCCAGAAUGUCAGCCGGCUACCUACUCUCCUCCGACUACCAGGAAGCCUGUAACUACAGCCAAACCAAAUUGUUAUCCCGGUUCCACAGAUAGGCGUUGCCCACAGGAACCAGUGACGACACCGAAGCCCAGAUGUUAUCCUGGAUCACCCAACCCCGAGUGUCAGCCAGCUACUUACCUCCCACCAGCAACAGUCAGAACAACGGUUCCAACAACGAGAACGCCUAUAACUACAUCCAAGCCGGUUUGUAAUCUAGGUUCAACGGACAGUCGUUGCCGCCAGACACCGCCGACGACUUCAAAACCAAGAUGCUAUCCCGGAUCUACAGAUCCUGAAUGCCAGCCUGCCACGUAUCUUCCUCCCACAACUCCAAGGCCGACUAUUCCCACAACCAGGCCAAGAUGUUAUCCCGGAUCAACGGACCCCUAUUGCCAACCGAAAACUUAUUCCCCACCGACAUCAAGACCAGUUAUAACCACGUCGAAGCCCAGAUGUUAUCCAGGCUCCUCGGAUCCUGAUUGUCAACCAGCCACUUAUCUGCCACCUACAACCAGACAAACCACGAUUCCCACUUCGAAGCCAAGGUGCUAUCCAGGAUCUAGUGACCCAGAAUGUCAGCCUCCCACAACCAGAACUCCUGUGACUACCUCCAAGCCCAAUUGUUAUCCUGGCUCCACCGACAGUCGCUGUCCUCAGAAACCUCCUACUACUCCGCAACCAAAGUGCUAUCCCGGCUCAUCGGAUCCAGAGUGCCUGAACUGCUUCCCUGGUUCGCCAGAUCCAAGGUGUCCGAAGGUACCAACCACUAAGAAGGCAGGAUGCUUUGAUGGUUCAGAUGAUCCGAGAUGUCAGCCUGCCACCUACUUACCUCCUUCAUCUCGUCGACCACCCACCAUCGCUCCUAAGCCCAGAUGUUAUCCAGGAUCAACAGACCCCAGUUGUCCGCAACCGACCACAAUAAGGACACCAGUAACAACGACUAGGCCUAGGUGCUAUCCAGGAUCCAGUGACCCCGAAUGUCAGCCAGCAACUUACGCGCCACCGACUUCGAGUUCGCAAAUUACUACUUUGAAGCCCAGGUGUUAUCCUGGUUCAAGGGAUCCUGAAUGUUCGCCCCCAACUUCAAGGCCUCCUGUGACAACCUCCAAGCCAAAUUGUUAUCCAGGCUCAACGGAUAAACGCUGUCCUCAGGAACCAGUAACGACACCUAGGCCCAGAUGUUACCCCGGCUCUACGGAUCCUGAAUGUCAGCCCGCUACUUAUCUGCCACCUACAACCGCACGCCCAACAAUUACCACAACUAGGCCAAGGUGUUAUCCGGGCUCUAAUGAUCCUAUUUGUCAGCCAGCAACAUAUUCGCCACCAACAACUCGAACGCCUAUAACUACGUCGAAGCCAAAUUGUUAUCCGGGAUCAACAGAUAGUCGUUGUUCCCAAACGACACUGAAACCAAUAUGCUUCCCGGGAUCAACAGAUCCCGAAUGCCAACCGGCAACGUAUCUUCCUCCGACCACUGCAAGGCCGACCAUUCCAACGACCAAGCCAAGGUGUUAUCCCGGAUCAAGCGAUCCCUUCUGCCAGCCACCUACAACCAGAUCGCCUGUGACUACAUCCAAGCCGAAUUGCUAUCCAGGCUCCACCGAUAGUCGCUGUCCACAGAAGCCUCCUACUACUCAGCAGCCAAGGUGCUAUCCCGGCUCAUCGGAUCCAGAGUGCCUGAAUUGUUUCCCAGGCUCUCCAGAUCCGAGAUGUCCGAAGGUUCCGACCACCAGGAAGGCAGGAUGCUACGAGGGUUCCGAUGAUCCGAAGUGUCAGCCUGCCACUUACUUGCCACCGUCAACAUAUCGACCGCCCACAAGUGCUCCUAAGCCGAAUUGCUAUCCAGGAUCAACAGAUCCGAGGUGUCCGCAGCCGACAACUACAAGAACUCCGAUUACCACGCAGAGAUGCUAUCCGGGAUCUUCUGAUCCUGAUUGCGAGCCCGCAACACGAGCACCAGUGACCACUUCAAGGCCGAGAUGUUAUCCCGGAUCUAAUGAUCCAGAGUGUCAGCCGGCGACCUACUCACCUCCGACCACGAGGACUCCGGUCACCACUGCCAAGCCAAACUGUUAUCCGGGAUCUACGGAUAGACGUUGUCCACAGGAGCCUGUAACUACAGAGAAACCUAGAUGUUACCCUGGCUCGAGGGACCCUGAAUGUCAACCGGCUACUUACCUCCCACCAGUAACUGUACGAACAACGAUUCCUACGGCUAGGCCAAGAUGUUAUCCGGGCUCCAAUGAUCCUGACUGCACGACAAGAACUCCUAUCACUACACCCAAGCCACGUUGCUAUCCGGGAUCGAAUGAUCCUUCCUGCCAGCCCGCUACUUACCUUCCGCCAACGACGAGAACUCCUAUUACCACUUCCAAACCCAACUGUUAUCCGGGAUCUACGGAUAGUCGGUGUCCCCAGAAACCAAGAUGCUAUCCAGGAUCAACGGAUCCUGAGUGUCUGCCGGUGACAACUCAAAGAACCCCGAUCGAAGCAACCACUCCGGUCUAUUGCUAUCCGGGAUCCAUCGAUCCUCGUUGCCCCGACUCCGGAUACAGGGGCACCAGCCGAAUUCCUGCCACAUAUCUGCCGCCCCUGAGUGAUCCCGGCUACGAUAGGACUGUUCGGAAUGCAAAGACGCUGUUCUUCAACGAAAUCAAUCACUUGGCACUCACCGAUAAUAAUGUCUUUGAGCUGGACGACGAUGAAAGCGAACCGUCGAGGGUGAAGCGCGAGUUGAAGAACUUCAGCGAAGAGGACGAUGACCUCCUCUCGAAGAGAAUCAUGAAGCGCGAGUUCAACGAGCUGCCUUCAGAGCAAGAAGUGAUUUCCCUGACCCUCGGAGUGAGAACUGGCAUCAGUGUUAAGUAGUCGUUGAAGGUCUAGUAGAUGUUAAGCUUAACAAUAUUAUAAUAUCAUCAUACACCGAUAUGUAUUUACCUAGAAUGAUAUUCAUUAAAUAUAAACUAUGUACAAA